AUGAACAGAUCGUGUUUGGAGGUCAAUGUAAGUGACUACAUUUGCUUGGAACGGAUUGGCGGUGAUUAUGAGUGGAGCAAUACUCUUGCUCGUGUUAUCGGACUGCCCACAAGUCAGCACGUUCGUGUCGAAUUGUUCGAUCGUGUCGAUGCCGUGCCUGGUGGGUUUGAACCGUAUGACGAAAAACUGGGUGAACUUGCGGUGCAGCAGGAUCGUCUUGAUGGGCUGAACGAGCUGAAAGCGCUCCAACAGCAAUACCAGCAGCUGGUGGAGGAUGAGGAUCGUUCUUCUGAACGGCUCUACCGUGCCCGUGAGGUAACUCAAGAAAAACAGGCCAUUGCAGCGGCGUUCACUCGUCAGCAAAUGGUGGAGCUUGAUCAAGUUCGCGCCGCGAUUGAACAAGUACCCGCGCGCAGUUGGAGGGAAUUACGUUCAGCGGGUCGACCAUCUGAGGAACUGUUUUCACUUGUCCGCGCGCUCAUGAUUGCCCUACAAGAGGAUCAUAAUGGAAGUUGGGAAAGCAUGCAGAUUGUCAUGCGUCAAAGUGAUUUUGUUGGGCGGAUAAUGGAACUUGACUGCACGGUCGCACCGCUGUCGAAACUGCAACGGAAGAAGAUAAAGAAUGAGCUUGCGUUGGUCCCCGCCGAAUCGCUGAAAGAAAGCAAGAGAAAGGGCGCAUCUUCACAGGCGCUACAAGGUGCUCCACUUCCAGUUGUUAUUAGGAGGUGGCUGAAUGUGCAGAUGGCGUGUUCAAGAGCUCGGGAGGCGGAGGAACGCGUCGUUGAUGGUUGCUUCGCUCAACUCCAAGAACAAGCUCUUCUUAUCACCGAGGUCAACGGACUGCGUGAGAUGAUUGCUAUGUUAGGGGUGCAAAUUUCCGAAAAGAAGCAGGCUUUGAUUGGUGAAGAACCACUUAAUCUACUAAAUGAUGAAGAGGAACCUAUCAAUGUUGAAGGAUGCUACGUACAACGCACAACGAACGGUCGCGUUGUGAGUGAUAUUGUUUCACUCGACAGCGUUUUACUUGUUUUUGGGCCGAAGGAAAGCAAGACGCUCCUGGGUAAGGAGAUUCCCGUCUAUGUUCAACUACAACCUGAAGAAGUACUGAAGAUGCAGCAGACAGUUCGCACCGUCAACGACCUGCACGACAUUGACGAACUUGAGGCUCUCUUCGCUGCCGAGGAACGGGAUGACCAGGAGAAGCGCGAACUGCAGUUACGCAUGGAGGAGCUCAGCAAGAAGGAGUUGUUCACCGAAGAUGAUGAGGAGGAGAUGCGGCAACUUGAUGCCUUCCUCACGGAUGUGGAUCGUCGACACGAAAGGACGGUGUGGCGGCGCCGCUGCUUGGAGAAGGCUGGUCGUGACAAACUGUAUCUGGAGAAGCGCCGCCGGAUUGAGAACACAGUGUACUCCGAUCUGCACAUAUUUUUCACUGGAGAUAAGUGGCAGGAAGUGCUUGAUAAUGAGGAGCACCGUGAAUAUCUGGACGCUGCUUUUAAGGAGGACGCAUCUGCGACACUCAGAUUGCCGAAAGAGAAUUUCACCAACCUAACUUUUGAGGGUUACCCACUGGAGGCGUCGUUCACUACGGAGCACGAUAAGAGCACCCCUAAGGAGGAACUCCAGGCGUUGCUAGAGCGUUGCGCCUUCCCAACAGUUUGUGCCUUCUACCAUUCUCUAACUGGUGGAACGACGAAAUCAAUGAGCAAGCUGCGUAUUGACGAGUGGUUGGUUCAGUUGCGACGCGAAAGGAUGUGGGAGUUGAACUUUGCCGGAAGCGGUUUGGUGGAGACUUUGGAAGACUUCGGUGAUGAGGACUAUGGCUAUACAGAUGAUGAAGAUUAUCGAAAACCGUGCGUGGAAAUUGCUGAAGUCCGGUGUGACUAUGAUCCUGCUGUGCGCUACGGUUAUGCGCUGCUUGGUUAUAAUGAAGCAGCUGAUGAUUUUUUUGACCGUGGUGGGAGGAGAGAACAGCAGACUUCGUCGAGACAGGCAUCCGCUGUGAGAAGGGAUCAAGUGCUGGCGGGAACGAUGAAACAAUUGGGUGGUGGUGACUCCCCGAAAUCAGAUGGUUCCAACUCUGAUAUCCCGGGCCCUGAGGGUGAGGCACCCACAGCGGCAGAACAUCCAGCAGACAAACUCCCGAGUGCGGAACUUGAGGAACUGAGCUUCAAUGACGUUGCGGCUGGAGCCGCUCCGGGCGCCGAUGAGCCAAGUAUCAAUGAUGUUGAGGAACUUGGCAGUGAGGAUGCAUCUGUGCAACAGGCAUCUUAA